CUUCUACAAACAUCCUUUCUUGAAAGAAUUUUGUUAGACGCAGGAAUGGGUAAGAAACGCCGAUUGCCACUUGUAGACGUCGGCGAAGGACCCUCGAGUUCACGACAGAGAGGGGAGGAGCUGCAAGCCGCCCAUACUAGUGAUGCUGGGUCACAACCCACAGGAAUGGAGAGGGACCAUCCAUUGACAAUUGUGCAAGUUGGCCAAGGUUCAUCACGCUCACGAGACAUCAUGCAGGAGGAGUUAAGGGCCGCCUAUGAUGCUGAGCACGCAAGAUGGGAGGAAGGAGAUGAUGAUGAUGAUGAUGAGACACAGCCGCCUUCUGCAGACGAUUUGGUCCAAGAAACCGCACCAUCCAAUGAUGGGCGUGCAGAAGAUGCAGUUCGGGAAACCCCAAUAUCCAAUAAUAUAAAUAAAAGACGUGGAAUAACGCUAAUGCAGCGAAUAUGGGCUCUCCCACCGAACAAGAAACUUGUAUGUGGGUUAAAUGGGAGCAUGCAACCGGUUGGGGAAAGCGGGCAAACAUUCAAAAGGUGGUUGGGCACCUUAUGCAUCUGCCGCAACUAUUGCCCACUUAUGCCUGCUACUUGGACGCAUGUCGACCGUAAAUGCAAAGAAGACGCCUGGGUAGAGAUAGAGAAAAAGUGGAUCAUUGACCCAGAUAUUAUCAAACCAGCAAAUCAAAUGAACUGGGCAAUGCACUUGUUAGGGGAGUUGAGAAGGAAUCGAAGGAGUAAGUUAAAAAAAAAAUGCUACCCAAAAGAUGCGUUAAUAGAAGAGGUUUAUCUCAAAAAACCAUCUUGGGCUGACGAGCAGGACUACCGCGCACUAGUUGACUAUUGGUUUGCCGGUAAAACGAAGGAAUUAACGGAUACGAACAAGAGAAGUCGUUCGUUUCAGACGGAUAUAGCGAGGACAGGGCCUAUAAGUUUUGCACAAACUGCUGACAAUAUGGCAAAAGAAAGCGGCCAAGCAGUGGAGCGUGCAGAUGUUUUCAUAAAAGCAUACUGCACGAAAGAUGGGACUCCUAUUAGUAAUGAAGUGCGAGAGAAGAUUGAGAAAAUGAAAGCAAUUUUAGCCAACGGGGGCAAACUAGUAGGAGACCAUCGCGAUGGAAUUCUCUGGGCAAAAGAUGAUGCGUUCGCUCAAGUGAUGGGCAAAGAACAUUCUGGACGUGUCCGUGGGGUCGGUUUUGGACCAACCCCAUCAGGAAGAAGUGGGUCCAACCUUCCAUGUGUGCCUGGGCCGUCGUCCACUGAAACAGCCCAACGAAUGACUGCAUUGGAAAAUUCGAUGAGGGACCAACUUGCUGACUCAGAGCAAAGGCAUCAGCAGCAACUGGCCGAAGCACUGGCCGAAGCAAAGCGGGAGUCAGAUGCACGGCAUAAGCAGCAACUAGCCGAAGCACUGGCCGAAGCAAAGCGGGAGUCAGAUGCACGGCAUGAGCAGCAACUGGCCGAAGCAAUGCGCGAAUCAGAAAGACGGCAUCAGCAGCAGCUGGACGAAACAAAGCGGGAAAUGGGUGAGGCAAAGCGGAGAAUGGAUGAAAUGGUAGCCUUCUUACAAAAGAAUGUCAUCUCAAGUUUACACGGUUAUUCAGGUAAUAGCGCUACAUCAUAGUGAGGACUCUUCGUGGACUCUUGUAAUGUAUAAUUGUUUGGAUAUUCGGAAUAUUGUAACUUCGUGGAUAUUGAAAAUAUUGUAAACAUGAUUGUAAUAUUGUGUCAAAUAUUGUAACUUCGUGGA